AAUCGAGAGUAUUUACUGGCUGUCACUAAAGGUCCAGCUAGCAUGCCAGCCUUAGAUAGCACAAUUGACUAUACAGCUAACUUGAUUUUGUAGUCUUAGUAACUAUUUUCUUUUCUUCGGCGCUAAGGGCUCGAGAUGGACAACAGUCAAGAGUCCAAAGAAGCCACAGAUCAAACCGAGCUGGUGUCUGAGGACGGCAAGAACAGCAAGUCUGUCUUGUGUCAACGCUGUGGGUCCAAAGUGCUGUGCCCUGGGAUGGCUAUGUUUGCAGAGAAGGAGCUGUUCCUACCGUCCAUGCGGAAAAAGAGCGGCCUUAGCACCACAGAAGGCUCAGUGGAUGGGGACACACUGACUGUUCACUGGUUAGUGAACGACAUGUUUGAUUUUGAGAACGUGGGCUUUACAAAUGACGUUGGAAGAAUCAAGUAUCUCAUCUGUGCAGAUUGUGAGAUUGGACCAAUCGGCUGGCACUGUUUGGAUGACAAGAAAAGUUACUAUAUUGCUUUGGAAAGGGUAAACCAUGCCUAACGUUAAAGCGUAAAUGAGCUCAGAAGGACUUUUAAAAAUGCAUUUGCAGGCUAUGCAUUGUUUAUUACAUUUAUCCCCCAAGUUGGCGACGACUAAAGCCAUCAUAUAGACACUGACAGACAUUAUGUGUAUAUUGUUUGUAAUAAUAGGAUUGUGCUGCAUUUCUUCUCUUCGAUCACAUUGAAAAAAGUACAAUCAUCCUGUUAUAAUAAAAGGCUUUUGAAAGUU